AGGGCCUGGCCCCUGAUGGCAAUAGCAGAAAUGGAAAGAAAAGUUGGUGAGGAGGGCUUAAAAGAUGGCCUCUAGGUUUCUGUGGUGAAUGACCAGAAAAUAAGGCAAAUGGGAGGUGAGGGGCCGUGGGCAGCCCUUUCAAGUCAGGAGCAACAAGGAGGAGGAUUUGGGUUUGGGACACGUUGAAUUGAUUCUCUUACAUAGCAGCGGUUCAAAAUGCUUUUCUGUUUCUUUCUGUUUACUUUUGAAGGGAGAGGGCAGUAUUAGCUCAUGGUUUCAUAUCCAGAGGUUCUGUGGCCCUAUGAGAUAAACUUUUCAUGGAGGAUCUUCAGGAGCUGAGGGAAUUACCGCCACCCUGACGAUCCUUUCUGGUUAUUUUUAAGGUUCCUGACAUCCCUGCUCAGGCUGGAAUUUCCAGGAACUGACUGCUGACCAGAGCUAAUUGGUCCCUCCCAGCCUCCCCCGCCCUCUAGGGUGGGGCCGCAUGGGUGGAGUCCCCUUAGGGUGGAGUGGGGUGGGUCUCGAGUGAUAGGACACCGAGCAGAGAGGCAGUGUGGCCUCAAGAAGCCCUUCUGGGGCUGAUUAUAUAACCCGUCACAGAAGAGCAUUGUGAGGGCUUAGGCAGGCCUUGCAAGAUAUGCACACAGCAGGAUCACAGAUUAUAGAUAUUUUUCAGUUGAUCUUGGGUUGCUUGCCCUUAAAACUAAAAUACAAAAUUGUCAAAGAGCAUUAAGAAGGAAAACAAGUGUGUAACCUUAGUAGAGAAAAUGAUUAGCAUUUGUUAAAAUUUCUUUAAGAAAGGUGUAAAACACUACUAAACAGGUGGCAUUGAACUUGAGAGUUUACCCAAAGGGUAUGGGCUUGGGUUUCCCCACCCCACCCCUGCUUUGCAGGGCCUCCUGUCUGGAAGUGUGUCGGGAUUCUGCUUGGUUCUUACCUUUGCACCUGUCCUUAUUUACAUGCAAAAUCUAUUGCUUCACUCGGUCUUUCCGAAGUACAGGGCGUGGGCAGAAUCUUAUCUGAAGCCAUGUCCUGUUUGGACAAGUUGGACUUGCCUUGGCAACUCUCCAUAGGGUGGAGCAGAUGGGUGGAGGCAGGAAAGUAAAAUUGGGUGGCUUGUUAGCAGAGAGAGGAGAGAGGGCGGAUUGUUUGCUCACUGGAUCAUUAUAUUUAAUCUGAAACUAAAUAAUUAACUUCUUUCCCAUUUACAAAACAUCUUGAUGCAAAAUAACGAAUCUAAUUUAUGAGGGGCAAAGAUUUAGAAAUACUCCGUGGAAUUUUUUCCUUUCAAACCAAGAGUAGAAGACUGAGGUGGGUGAAAAUCAUCGAGUGACAUGAGAACGGGACGCGUUGCCAGGCCAAACACCAGAGCACCCUAGAAGGCUUAACUAAAAGAAUGCUCAUGUUUGACCCAGUCCCUGUCAAGCAAGAGGCCAUGGACCCUGUCUCGGUGUCAUACCCGUCUAAUUACAUGGAGUCGAUGAAGCCUAACAAGUAUGGAGUCAUCUACUCCACACCGUUACCGGAUAAGUUCUUCCAGACCCCGGAAGGCCUGUCGCAUGGGAUGCAGAUGGAGCCAGUGGACCUCACCGUGAACAAGCGGAGUUCACCACCUUCUGCUGGGAGUUCUCCUUCCUCACUGAAGUUCCAGUCUUCGCACCGGAGAGCCUCCCCUGGGUUGAGCAUGCCUUCUUCCAGCCCACCGAUGAAAAAGUACUCACCCCCUCCCCCGGGUGUGCAGCCCUUCAGCAUGCCGCUGUCCAUGCCACCGGUGAUGGCCGCAGCCCUCUCCCGGCACGGAAUUCGGAGCCCAGGGAUCCUACCGGUCAUCCAGCCGGUUGUGGUGCAGCCCGUCCCCUUUAUGUACACCAGCCACCUCCAGCAGCCACUCAUGGUCUCCUUGUCGGAGGAGAUGGAAAAUUCCAAUAGUAGCAUGCAAGUACCUGUAAUUGAAUCCUAUGAGAAGCCUAUAUUACAGAAAAAAAUUAAAAUAGAACCUGGGAUCGAACCGCAGAGGACAGAUUAUUAUCCUGAAGAAAUGUCACCCCCUUUAAUGAACUCAGUGUCCCCCCCGCAAGCAUUGUUGCAAGAGAAUCACCCUUCAGUCAUAGUGCAGCCUGGGAAGAGACCGUUGCCUGUGGAAUCUCCAGACACCCAGAGGAAGCGGAGGAUACACAGAUGUGAUUAUGACGGAUGCAACAAAGUGUACACUAAAAGCUCUCACUUGAAAGCACACAGAAGAACACAUACAGGAGAAAAACCCUACAAAUGUACAUGGGAAGGAUGCACAUGGAAGUUUGCGCGGUCUGAUGAACUAACAAGACAUUUCCGAAAACAUACUGGAAUCAAACCUUUCCAGUGUCCAGACUGUGACCGCAGCUUUUCCCGCUCUGACCACCUUGCCCUACAUAGGAAACGCCACAUGCUGGUCUGAAUGCCGCCGUCUCCCACCUCUACGCGGCUCCCCACUCUCCCAGCUCUCUCUCUGUCCUCCUUCCAUUAUCUAACUCGUUUUUUACAUGUACGUUUUAAUUUUGAUUCAGCUGGUCUGAAUCUCUGGAUUUAUAUCAUUCAAACUUCCAUAUGGUCAGUAGUACAUACUCUCUAAUCCUUCCUCUUCUUACCACGGGUCAGACCUAAAGAAUGUGAACACUCUUUUUUUUUUCCGGGGAUGCUAAGCAAACCCUUCUUACAGAUACGUUUAAUGUAAUGAGAACAAGGGAACAUGUAAACUAACAUCACCAAUUGUCAGUUUCUCCAUGUAUUCCUCAAAAGAAUGUCAAAGUAAAUGUAUGAGAAAUACAGUAUCCAGCCUGCUAGUCCUUGCCAGAGACUUCAUACCUCUGUGCCCUGUGAUCGCAUUUUGUGCUUGACAGUGGAAAGAAGGGUAGACCCUUUCACAGGUUAGCCAGAAGUGCAGCAAGAUUUCAGGCCAGAACAACCAACUCUUCCAUUGUCCUUCGUAAAUCUUGCUUGUAAACUUGGAUUUAUCACUUCAUCUAAAUUAAGUCCUUUACCCACCUUUGUGCCUGCAGCUAAUAAGGAGGUCUUUGCCACCAUUGGGAGAGGAGCGAGAGCUGCUGAUGUAGGUGGAUGAUGUCUGUCAGUUCAAGGGAUGGAUGCUGUACUCGCGUAGCAUGGAGUCGGAGGGAAGGGGCAUUGAACAGGGGUUGGGGGGGACAAAGGAGGAAGCUGGCCAUUUCUCCUGGGCUAGGGGUUCUCGAUGUGAUUUCCUCAUUUGGUUAGUUGUGCAGUGCAUUCCCAGAGCUUCAAUCUCUGUGCACAUUCAUCUGUGCAGAACCAGACUGCAAAGCCAAAUACCAAUGGGUUAUCCACACACCUAUCUCCAUUCCUACAAUGGCCUUAAUCUGGGUCAUCAAGCAUUGAUAGUAGGGAUGCCACAAAAAAAUUUACUUAGUAAUGGUAAAAGAUCUUUUGGGUAAGAAUAUGGAUGGCCUUUCUUUUACCCAACACACUUAUAGGUUUUUUUGCAAACAGGGAAAUGCUGAGUGGUAAUUGUAUUCCCAUAGCAAAUUAAUUAUACCUUUCAUACAGAAACUCUUCUGUGUGAGCUGUAAAGUGCCAAAUUGGCUGUCAUUUGUGUUCAUGACACAUAUCAUAAAUAAGCAUCUGCUAAUGCUUUAGUAGAUUCAUUCAAUUUAAGACCUGAGUGACACUAUUUGUAAAUAUAAAUAGUUGUGAAGCGCACAUACCUUUAUUUAGGGAGCAGAUUUCCGAAAAAUAUAGAAAACUACAGUUCAGGGAUUCAAAUAUGUAGCUCAAAAAUUCCCAAACGUUUACUGCUGGAGGUGGCAAUCUCCUGUCACUAUCGAGUAUCCUGUCAGAAGAACAAACUGCAAAUGACUCGUGUUUAUGGUCAAGAUAAAUGACACCAGUAUUUGGGGGAAGUUUUUCAAAAGCAGGCUUUUGAGCACCAUAGUCUAAAUGCCGAUAAAAUAAUUCAUGCAUAGAAAUGCCAUUGGUCCUAAAUUUGAAAAAAGUGGGCAACGGUGGUCAAAUGUGGGUGCAUACAACCAAAUGCGCCUUCAUCCUUCCAUAAAAGAUGGAGAAGAGAGAAGAAUGGAAUCCUGAAGAUUCAUCCCAGCCACAACUCAGGAUCCAACACAACCUUAACUGGGAGGAAUACACUUACUGCUCUUAAAACAUCAGUGAAUGAAUCAUUCUGGAGGCCUUCAAAAUUGUGUGGGGAGCUUGCUUUGAGGGCACCAUGUUAAUAAAAGUUAGUUGUAGGGACUGUGUACCUAAGAGAUCCCACCCAUCAGCCCUCUGAACCUACUGGAAGGAAAUGUAGUUGAGAAAUGCAAAGUAAUUUGUUAUCUUGGCACUUGGUUUUUCUUUUAUUUUUUAAGCACUGCAAAAUUUGUUUAGAAUAUUAAAAACAAUCUAAUUGGGCUUUUUUUUUUUUUUUUUUUUGCAACCAUGACAUGAAUUGAGGGAUAAAAAUGGCUCUUGGAAAAAUAGGUAUUGUCUGUAUUGUAAAUGCUUAGUCACAUUCAUGCCAAAGUGUUUAUUUCUUGAAAUGGUUCUUCCACAAUACAUGGAAGAAUUAAGUAGGAAUGCAAGGAACUUUUUUGUUUUGAUGGAGAUAACCAGUUUAUAUGUUCCAACCCAUAUAAAAGGUGGGAAAAGGGGCGAGAAAGGGUAGAAUUGAUCUUCUUUGAAUAAUCAGCUUUGAGUCUGAGUCCACUUAAUAGAAAGCUUCAUGGGUUCUCAUGAAAUUUGAUGUGUUUGCUAUGGUAUAUUUAAAUUUGCUCAAAAGAAUAAGUAAGACCCUGCAAAGACUCUGUGACUAUUCAGCUUGCUUAGAUUAUGUUAACAGUUCAUUAACAAAGAUCCAUUUUAUCUCUGUAAGAAAAGCAACACAGAAAGGCCAUUCUCUGUUCCCAUGCUGGUCUAUAUACUUCAGUUACCAAUUGGCUCUUACCAAAUUUUCUUUUUUUAUAUAUAUUUGUAUUUUACUAUGAUAGUUGAGAAAUUUAGUCUCUUAGUCAUUCUUAGCUGUUAUUGAGGAAGACCUCAAAUACAAGAUGAAAUGCCCUUGAACAUGUGGUUUGGAUGAUGUGCCGUGUUACUAUCAAUGGUGAUUUUAAUUGUAAUAUGUUAAAUUGAUGAGAAUGAUUUGUAAACAUGAAGUUAGUAUUGUAUAAAUUCCAUUUGUUAUAGAAUUUCUUUGAUUAUCAUCCAAGUGUCAACUUGGAAAAGAAGUCAGAAAAAUUAAAUCUGAAUCCAUCAUAUCUUAGAGUUCUAAAAUGUGAAUCUACAUCAUCAAUGGGCAUUAACAUUCUAAAUCACCUGGUUUGGAGAAUGUGUUAGCAGUAUAGCUAUGUUCAACUAAGGAAUUGCUAAGUACACAAGUUUCAAGAGCCUUGGAACAGAUUUACAGGGGAACUAUAUAUGUACAUGUAUAUUUUAUUAAACACCCAUCUGCACUAUCAGUGUUGCACUAAUGUGGAAUCUGAAAGACCAUAUUGCUGAUACUGUAUAUCUGCACAUCAUUCUUAAUUAGAUUGUUUUAGACAAUCUUAAAGAUCUAAUGUUUUAAAAUAAUUUGGUUGAUUUGAAAAUAGACAGUCAUCUUGAAGGAAAUGCUGUCAUACAUGAAGUUGCUCAGAGUUGUCUUUAUUCUCUUCUUGGUCAAGGUUAACAAUUUCUAAAUGAUUGCAAAUUUACUUAAGAAAUAAUACCUUUACAAAGCCAUUUUACAUGCAUUAAACGAGGGCUACAACAAUACUAUGUUUUACAAAUACUAGCACUUUUUGUUUUUGUUUUUUUUGCUGUUAUGUACUUAGUGUUAGAGGGUCAAAAUAAUCUUUCUGCUUAGCAUCUCUUAAACUAUACCUGCAAGUAUAGCAGGAUUAUUACAUUUACAGUACUUUAAUACUUGUAUAAACUAUGCAGAAAUUUUUAAUAAAGUGUAAUAUAUUUUAUAAGCUAAUAAGACUGAGUGGGUAAAGGUUUUUAGCAUGCAUUAGUAUACUUGCAAAUACUGAAACAUUUUGGUAAUCUUUCUUACUAAAGAUGUGAAUGUUUAAUGUACCUUCUCUGUUUCUACUCUGUAGUCCAAUGGGAAUUCAGUAAUGACAUUUUGUCAUGUCAAACUGUGAACAUAAAUUUGUACUGUACAGUCCUCAUAUACUAUAUACAGUAUGCAAUAUAUGUAUUAUAUACUUGUUAAUAAAACCAUCAGAAUAUUAA